GGCUCUAGCAGGGUUUUGUAGGGUGGGGGACGGUCGCGGGGCGACUGUCCGGGAGGGGGCGGGCGUGAGGCGCGCUGUCCUCCUGAGGGGCCGCAGACCCCGGCUCCUGCGAGCGCCGCGGCUGGCUCGGCUGUUCCAUGUGGCUCCAGCGGGGAUGGAGGACUCGGUGGCGGUGGUGGCGGCUGCUGCUGCGGCGGCGACGGAGAAACGGCGCUGAGGAGGGAACGGGGCCAGGCUCAGCCCGACAGCGGGAUUAGAGUUCUCCAGAAUACACAUCAUAUAGCCCCUGAGGCAGAAUGGUGAUAUCUCCAUGAGGGAACCUCCUCUCACUCAUCCUGUCAUGUCCAUCAUACUGUUCUUGACUGAGCCAUUCAUCUAAGAUGGGAUUUACCCUGUGAAACAGGGAGAAGACUUAUGGACCCCAAACAUCAUUUCAAGUUGUAGUUGUGUUUUAAAGUACAGGCAUACAAGCUCCUUUGCUUUGGAUCCUGUGCUUUGUUGAAGCUGCUGUGUUGCUAACCCAGAACUGCUCCAGUGACUGUUCAUCAUGGCUUCAGUUUGGAAGAGACUGCAGCGCGUGGGAAAACAUGCAUCCAAGUUCCAGUUUGUGGCCUCCUACCAGGAGCUAAUGGUUGAGUGUACUAAGAAAUGGCUGCAGCAGAAGAGAGCUCCACCCAACCUCUCCACUCCCCCACACCCUUGUAAUUACCUAUUGAUAUAUAGAUGGACUACUUUCUCCACCCCUUGGAAACACUUACUGAUAUGCAUAUGCACUAAAGCCAGGCAGCCAGAUAAACUGGUGGUGGUCUGGACAAGAAGAAGCCGAAGGAAGUCUUCUAAGGUGCAUAGCUGGCAACCUGGAAUAAAAAACCCAUACCGUGGUGUUGUAGUCUGGCCUGUUCCUGAAAACAUUGAAAUCACCGUGACACUUUUUAAGGAUCCCCAUGCAGAGGAAUUUGAAGAUAAAGAGUGGACAUUUGUCAUAGAAAAUGAAUCCCCUUCUGGUCGAAGGAAAGCGCUUGCUACUAGCAACAUCAACAUGAAACAGUAUGCAAGCCCUAUGCCAACUCAGACUGAUGUCAAGUUAAAAUUUAAGCCAUUGUCUAAAAAAGUUGUAUCUGCCACUCUUCAGUUUUCAUUGUCUUGCAUUUUCCUUCGAGAAGGAAAAGCCACGGAUGAAGACAUGCAAAGUUUGGCUAGUUUGAUGAGUAUGAAGCAGGCUGACAUUGGCAAUUUAGAUGACUUUGAAGAAGACAAUGAAGAAGAUGAUGAGAACCGAGUGAAUCAAGAGGAAAAGGCAGCAAAAAUUACAGAAAUUGUAAACCAAUUGAAUGCUCUGAGCAGCUUAGAUGAAGAUCAAGAUGACUGCAUAAAACAAGCAAAUAUGCCUUCAGCUAAAUCAGCCAGUUCCUCUGAAGAACUUAUCAACAAACUUAACUUUUUGGAUGAAGCAGAAAAGGACUUGGCCACUGUGAAUUUAAAUCCAUUUGGUGAUCCUGAUGUAGCAGAAUUAAAUCCAUUUGGAGAUCCUGACUCAGAAGAACUAAUCACUGAAACAGCCUCACCUAAAAAACCAGAAGAAUCUUUUUAUAAUAACAGCUAUAAUCCCUUUAAAGAGGUACAGACUCCACAGUACUUAAACCCAUUUGAUGAACCAGAAGCUUUUGUAACCGUAAAGGAUUCUCCUCCACAGUCUACAAAAAGAAAAAAUUUAAGACCUGUGGACAUGAGCAAGUACCUCUAUGCUGAUAGUUCUAAAACUGAAGAAGAAGAGUUGGAUGAAUCAAAUCCUUUUUAUGAACCUAAACCAACUCCUACAAAUAAUUUGGUAAAUCCAAUUCAAGAACUGGAAACUGAAAGGAAAGUGAAAAGAAAAGCCCCAGCUCCACCGUGCAUCUCACUAAAGACAGGAGGAUUAAGUGAAAACACUGUUGUUUCUGCAGCAAGAGAACUUUCUACUUCUCCUAAGCCAAGUCCUAUACCAAGUCCUGUUUUGGGGCGAAAGCCAAAUGCUAGUCAGUCGUUGCUGGUAUGGUGCAAAGCAGUUACAAAAAACUACCGAGGCGUGAAAAUCACCAAUUUUACCACAUCUUGGAGAAAUGGUUUAUCUUUCUGUGCAAUAUUACACCACUUUAGACCAGAUUUAAUUGACUACAAGUCUCUGAAUCCUCAAGAUAUUAAAGAAAACAACAAAAAGGCGUACGAUGGAUUUGCCAGCAUAGGAAUUUCCCGGUUAUUGGAACCUUCUGAUAUGGUUUUAUUAGCAAUUCCUGACAAACUGACUGUUAUGACUUACCUCUAUCAAAUAAGGGCACAUUUCAGUGGCCAAGAACUAAAUGUUGUUCAGAUAGAGGAAAACAGCAGCAAAAGCACAUAUAAAGUUGGAAACUAUGAAACAGACACAAACAGUUCUGUUGAUCAGGAAAAAUUCUAUGCAGAGCUUAGUGAUCUGAAGCGGGAGCCUGAACUGCAGCAGCCUACCAGUGGAGCAGUUGACUUCUUGUCGCAGGACGACUCUGUAUUUGUAAAUGAUAGUGGGGUUGGAGAGUCAGAGAGCGAACAUCAGACGCCUGAUGAUCACCUUAGUCCAAGCACAGCCUCCCCUUACUGUCGCAGGACUAAAAGUGACACAGAACCUCAGAAGUCCCAGCAGAACUCUGGAAGGGCUUCAGGAUCUGAUGACCCUGGAAUACGUUACAGUACAGAUGCAACCCAUGCACAAGUCUUGUUAGGCAAGAAGAGACUAUUGAAAGCUGAGACUUUAGAAUUAAAUGACUUAUGUGUUAGUGGCAAGAAGAAAGAUGUGUCUCCACCCUUUACUUGUGAGGAGACAGAUGAGCAAAAGCUUCAGACUCUAGAUGUCAGCAGUAACUUGGAGCAAGAAAAAUUAGAGAAUUCCAGACCCUUAGAAUGCAGGUCAGAUCCUGAAUCACCUAUCAAAAAACUAAGUGUAUCUCCCACUUCUAAACUUGGAUACUCAUACAACAGAGAUGCAGACCUUGCAAAGAAAAAACGUGCUUCCCUGAGGCAGACAGAGUCUGAUCCAGAUGCUGACAGAACUACUUUAAACCAUACAGAUCAUUCCACAAAAACAGUCCAGCAUCGGAUGUUAUCCAGACAAGAAGAACUUAAAGAAAGAGCAAGAGUUCUCCUUGAGCAAGCAAGAAGAGAUGCAGCCUUAAAGGCAGGGAAUAAGCAGAUUACCAACACAGCCACACUACUGUGCAACAGGCAGCUAAGUGAUCAGCAAGAUGAAGAGCGACGUCGGCAGCUGAGAGAGAGAGCACGUCAGCUAAUAGCAGAAGCUCGAUCUGGAGUGAAGAUGUCAGAACUUCCCAGCUAUGGUGAAAUGGCUGUAGAAAAGUUGAAAGAAAGGUCAAAGGCAUCUGGAGAUGAAAAUGAUAAUAUUGAGAUAGAUACUAACGAGGAGAUUCCUGAAGUCUUUGUUGUGGGAGGUGGAGAUGAACUUACUAAUUUAGAAAAUGCCCUUGAUACUCCUGAACAAAAUACUAAGUUGGUGGAUUUGAAACUGAAGAAGCUCCUAGAAGCUCAGCCGCAGGUGGCAAUUUCCCUCUCCAGCACUCAGAAGGCUGUAACUGAGAGCUCAGAGCAAGACAUUAAGAAUGGCACAGAAGAUCUCCGGACUGAGCGAUCACAAAAAGCAACAGAACGAUUUAGAAAUCCUGUUGUGUUCAGCAAGGAUUCUACAGUCAGAAAAACUCAACUUCAGUCUUUCAGUCAGUAUGUUGAGAAUAGACCAGAGAUGAAAAGGCAGAGAUCAAUACAGGAAGAUACAAAGAAAGGAAAUGAGGAGAAGGCAGCGAUAACUGAAACUCAGAGGAAGCCAUCAGAAGAUGAAGUGCUUAAUAAAGGGUUCAAAGACACCAGUCAGUAUGUUGUAGGAGAAUUGGCAGCACUAGAGAAUGAGCAAAAGCAAAUUGACACCCGUGCCGCGCUGGUGGAGAAGCGCCUUCGCUAUCUCAUGGACACAGGAAGGAACACAGAAGAGGAAGAAGCUAUGAUGCAGGAAUGGUUUAUGUUAGUUAACAAGAAAAAUGCCUUAAUAAGGAGAAUGAACCAGCUCUCUCUCCUGGAAAAAGAACAUGAUUUAGAACGGCGGUAUGAGCUACUGAAUCGGGAAUUGCGGGCAAUGCUAGCCAUUGAAGACUGGCAGAAGACCGAGGCCCAGAAACGACGUGAGCAACUCCUGCUGGAUGAGCUUGUGGCCCUAGUGAACAAGCGCGACGCGCUCGUCAGAGACCUGGACGCGCAGGAGAAGCAGGCCGAAGAAGAAGAUGAGCAUUUGGAGCGAACUCUGGAGCAAAACAAAGGCAAGAUGGCUAAGAAAGAAGAAAAAUGUGUUCUUCAGUAGCAGCUGGACCAGAUCUUUCCCAACAUUUUAGUGUUGGGUCCCUAGGCUGGAAAAAGUCAGACUCACUGAUUUAAAACUUUUGACAUUUUGUUUGGCUGGAUUGUACUUAUUUACCACCACCACCACCACCCCUCUUCCUCCCUCAUUUCCAGAAUUCCGAAGUAGCUUUAAGGAUUUUUGUGUGUGUGUGUGUGUGAGUUAAUCAUUUCCUUGAAAUCAUGCGAAUUAAAUUUGCACAGACACCUUGUGAGUGAUUGGUAUUGGGAGUAUUCGAGAAACUUCAAAGAAGAAAGAAAAGAAAAACUUCCCUUAUUAUUUUCACUCAUUUUUCGAUGGGAAGAAAAUCUGAAAACAUUUUUGUUAAUAGCAUAAUGGUGGGAGGGGGGUGAGAGAGGGUGAGAAAAAUGUCAUGAAUGAUUUUCAUCCAGUCCUGCCGUAUGUAACACUGACUCUGUUACCUAAAUGUUAUAGUUCGAGCAUAUUCCAUCUACUUAUUAAACUGUGUUCUAUUUACCAGUGGGAUUUUCUGCAGUUGUUUUGCAUUUCACUGUAAGGAUAAUAGGGUUCCUCUCCUCUGCUUUCCUCAGAGGAUAGCCCUUUAACAUAGCCUGAGACAAGUCCUGUGAUUUGAAGGUGAGCUGUGAGGAUGGGGCUAAUUGACAUGCAUCAGUUUACAAAGAAAGUCUUAUCAUCUGAGGAUGCGCCAUCUUUUUCUCUGGAUAAUUAUUUGUUACAUCUAGCUUGGUUCCUACAUUUUGUUAGGUCUCCACGUUGGCUCAUGAAUGCUGUUAAUAUUUAUUCUGUAUUGAUAAAAGUCGGUCUUGCCACUAUGAGUACUUCCAUCAAUUAAUAUUUUCUUCUACAGCAUAGAACUGUCAUUGUUGUGUGUGAAAAUGGUUAUGUUUAUUUAUUACAAUACUGAAUCAUAUAUAAAUUUUCAAUAAAAGCAGAAACUUUCUUACCUUAAA